GCCCACUGCUCCUGGACAGUCCCCGCUUCCUCCCCGCCCCGAGGGAGCCAGAAUGGAGGCCCAGCGUGAGCAGCGAGCUGAGCAGCAGUGAGGAAGCAGAAAGCUGGAAAGGGGAGAGUUUCGGGGUGGGCCUGGAUUGCCCCCGCCUUGUCUGCAAAGGGGGGUACGGGUUAGUUCACAAGCAGUUUGGGGCUGGGAGCGCCCCUUGAUUCCCCCGACACUGGAGAGUGACUCCUCUGACAACGCUGCUCUUGACCAAAGAUUACACAGGGGACGCAGAGACGACAGCCUCGGGACUUCUGGGAAAAGCUGGAUUUUCAGCAGAAAUACCACAGGAAGAAGAAAAAGAUGGUGCAAGUUAAGGGAGAAAACCCAGCCAAGGGCUCUGCUGCUGACCUUGACCUGGUGCUCAAUGGAGAAGCUAUCACGGGGACGCAAGAUCAGAAGCCCGACAACAGCCUGUACUGCCAUUAUGAGGAGAAGGUGCGGCCCUGCAUCGACCUCAUCGACUCCCUGCGGGCCCUCGGUGUGGAGCAGGACCUGGCCCUGCCCGCCAUCGCCGUCAUCGGCGACCAGAGCUCGGGCAAGAGCUCCGUGCUGGAGGCCCUGUCCGGGGUCGCCCUGCCCAGAGGCAGCGGGAUCGUGACGCGGUGUCCCCUGGUGCUGCGGCUGAAGAAGUUGAUGCAUGAAGACUGCUGGAGAGGCAAAAUCAGCUACCAGGACUUUGAGGCUGAGAUUUCAGAUGCUUCGGAGGUGGAACAGGAAGUCAAUAAAGCCCAGAAUGUCAUCGCCGGGGAGGGCGUGGGGAUCAGCCACGAGCUGAUUAGCCUGGAGAUCGGCUCCCCUCACGUCCCGGAUCUGACCCUGAUCGACCUUCCCGGCAUCACCAGGGUGGCCGUGGGGAACCAGCCAGCCGACAUCGGGGCACAGAUCAAGAGCCUCAUCAGGAAGUACAUCCAGAGGCAGGAGACCAUCAACCUGGUGGUGGUGCCCAGCAACGUGGACAUCGCCACCACCGAGGCUCUGAGCAUGGCACGGGAGGUGGACCCCGACGGCGACAGGACCCUGGGAAUCCUGACCAAGCCUGACCUGGUGGACAGAGGCACGGAAGACAAGGUGGUGGACGUGAUCAGGAACUUCAUCUGCCCCCUGAAGAAAGGCUACAUGAUCGUCAAGUGCCGGGGCCAGAAGGACAUCCAGGAUCGGCUGAGCCUGGCCCAGGCGCUGCAGAAGGAGCGGGCCUUCUUCGAGGAGCACCCCUACUUCAGGGAGCUUCUGGACGAAGGAAGGGCCUCCAUCCCCAACCUGGCGGACAGGCUGACCUCCGAGCUCAUCACACACAUCUGCAAAUCUCUGCCACGGUUAGAAAGUCAGAUCAAGGAGAGCCACCAGGAAGUCAACGACGAGCUGCAGAAGUGCGGCAAGGACAUCCCCGAGGUGGAGAACGAGAAGCUGUUCUUCCUGAUAGAGAAACUUAAAGCAUUUAAUGAGGACAUCGCCAUCUUAGUAGAAGGGGAAGAAACUGUGAAAUCAUCUGAAAUGAGACUUUUUACCAAAAUCCGGAAAGAGUUUCAGAAGUGGAGUAUGGUGGUUGAACGGAAUUUCCAAAACGAUUACCUCGAUGUCCGGAGAGAGAUCACCAAGUUCGAAAACCAGUACCGCGGCCGGGAGCUGCCGGGCUUCGUGAACUACAAGACGUUCGAGACGAUUGUGCGGCGGCAGGUGAAGGCCCUGGAGGAGCCCGCGGUCCAGAUGCUGCACAAGGUGGCGGAUCUGACCCGACAUGCCUUUGUAGACGUUUCGGAAAAUAAUUUCAACGAAUUUUUCAACCUCUUCAGAACGAGCAAGACCAAAAUCGAGGACAUUAAAACAGAACAAGAACAAGCAGCCGAGAAGUGCAUCCGGCUGCACUUCCAGAUGGAGCAGAUCGUCUACUGCCAGGACCAGACUUACCGGGGGGCCUUGCAGCAGGUCAGAGAGCAGGACAAGGAAGGAGGGAAGAAGCCUAAACAGUCUUUCCAAACCUUCAUUUCCCCGGAGUCCUCCAUGGAAGAGAUCUUUGAGCACCUGGAAGCCUACCACAAGGAGGUCAGCAAACGCCUCUCCAGCCACGUCCCGCUGGUCAUCCAGUUCUACAUGCUGCAGACCUUCAGCCAGGAGCUGCAGAAGAGCAUGCUGCAGCUGCUGCAGGACAAGGACAAUUACGACUGGCUCCUGAAGGAGCGCGGCGACACCAGCGACAGGAGGCGGCACCUCAAGGAGAAGCUGGCGCGCCUGUCCCAGGCUCUGCGUGAGCUGGGCAAGUUCCCGGGGUAGACGCCACGCCCCGGGGAGUCUGCACCGGGCUGCUCCCCCACCCCUGCUCGCAGCACCCCAGCAUCCUUGUUAGAUACCCAUCUACAGACAGGCGGUUCCUAGGGCCUCCGGCUAUCACCGCUGUGCUUGUCUUCCCAGCAGAUGGACUUAGUAAGAGGUUGGGGCCUCACUUCGGGUCAAGCAUGGAGACUAGAGACCCCCACCCCCGAGAAGCAGGUGACCUCCAUGGGCACUGGAGCAGGUGCAUCCCCCCUCCCACACACACAGCUUCCCAGGAAGAGGGUGUCUGUGUCCCUCUGUGUUGGGGCACACUGGCCCACUGAGUGACUGUUCUAGAAGCCAGUCCAUUUGUGUAUAAUAAACGCCUUCCU